UGCCCAGACCAGUCCAACUAUAAAUUUUAAUUUCCGCGUCAAAAAGAAAAGUGGGUAUUCAAUUAAAGAAGAAGUAACCUCUGCAAAAACCAAGUAAUGGGCUGAGAAGAGAAUAUGCCAUCGUUGUGCUCCACCCAGACAUUCUCAGAUCAGAUGCCAUUACCAUUUCGUUUUAAGAUAACUGAACCCAACAUUUAUCUCUCUUUAUCUCUCUAUUCACAUGCACGCUUCCUUUUUCUCUCAAAUCCCAGGGAGCUGGCCGGUACAGUUGUUUUAGUGCUCAAGAAGUGUGGUUGAUCUACAAGAACUUGAGUUGUGUGCACUUAACCUGUGUUAGCACAAACACAUUAAUGGGUUCAGAUAAACAGUCUGUUGGUUUAUUAGAUACCUUCAGAAUGGAGAGUGUUAGGACGAUUCUAACUCAUGCACAUCCUUAUCCGCAUGAGCAUUCACGCCAUGCCAUAAUUGCUGUGGUUGUGGGUUGUCUGUUUUUUAUCUCGUCAGAUAACAUGCAUACCCUCAUUGAAAAAUUGGAUAAUAAUAUUAAAUGGUGGUCUAUGUAUGCCUGUUUGCUUGGUUUUUUCUAUUUCUUUUCAUCUCCAUUUAUAGGGAAGACAAUUAAACCAAGCUAUUCAAAUUUUAGUCGGUGGUAUAUAGCUUGGAUUUUAGUCGCAUCUCUGUAUCAUCUUCCUAGUUUUCAGUCAAUGGGAGUAGAUCUGAGGAUGAAUUUAUCAAUGUUUUUGACAAUAUACCUCUCUUCUAUUCUGUUUCUUCUUGUCUUUCAUGUUAUAUUCCUUGGCCUUUGGUAUCUUGGUCUAGUUUCUCGUGUGGCUGGAAAAAGGCCAGAAAUCUUGACGAUUCUUCAAAAUUGUGCUGUUAUUAGUGUAUUCUGCUGUGUAUUCUAUAGUCAUUGUGGCAAUCGUGCCAUGUUGAGACAGAGACCACUUGUGCGAAGAAAUUCUAGUUGGUUUUCUUUUUGGAAAAGAGAAGAGAGGAACACAUUGCUUGCCAAAUUCCUCCGCAUGAAUGAGUUGAAAGACCAGGUGUGCUCUUCUUGGUUUGCUCCAGUUGGGUCUGCAAGUGAUUAUCCACUUUUGUCCAAGUGGGUUUUAUACGGAGAGUUAGGUAGUGACAAUGGAGGUUCUUCUGAUGAAAUCUCUCCUAUAUACUCAUUAUGGGCCACAUUUAUUGGUCUUUACAUUGCCAACUAUGUAGUGGAAAGGUCAACAGGGUGGGCUCUCACUCACCCUUUAUCAGUUAAAGAAUAUGAAAAGACGAAGAAGAAGCAAAUGAAGCCUGAUUUCUUGGACAUGGUUCCAUGGUAUUCAGGAACAUCAGCUGAUUUGUUCAAAACAGUUUUUGACCUCCUGGUUUCAGUAACUCUGUUUGUUGGCCGCUUUGACAUGCGCAUGAUGCAGGCAGCAAUGAACAAGGUUCAAGAGGGUGCUCAGCAAGGAGACUUUUUUUAUGAUCAUUUUAAUGAAAAGGAAGACCUAUGGUUUGACUUCAUGGCUGAUACUGGUGAUGGUGGAAACUCAUCAUACUCUGUGGCUCGGCUACUUGCUCAGCCUUCUAUUCGGGUCAUUAAAGGUGAUUCUGUUUCCACCCUACCGCGUGCAGACGUGUUACUUAUUGGAGGGGAUCUUGCGUACCCUAAUCCAUCAGCAUUCACAUAUGAGAAGCGCCUUUUCCGUCCCUUUGAAUAUGCUCUUCAACCUCCGCCAUGGUAUAAAAAGGAACAUAUUGCUGUAAGCAAGCCUGAGCUACCCUGUGAGGUUUCAGAACUGAAGCAAUAUGGAGGGCCUCAGUGUUUUAUCAUUCCUGGAAAUCAUGAUUGGUUCGAUGGGCUGCAUACUUUUAUGAGGUAUAUAUGCCAUAAGAGCUGGUUGGGUGGCUGGCUUAUGCCUCAGAAAAAGAGUUACUUUGCUUUGCAAUUUCCUAGAAGAUGGUGGCUUUUUGGUCUUGAUCAAGCUCUUCACUGUGAUAUUGAUGUGUACCAGUUCAAGUUCUUUGCUGAACUAAUAAAGGAAAAGGUUGGAGAGCAUGAUUCUGUCAUUAUCAUGACACAUGAACCAAAUUGGCUUCUUGAUUGGUACUUUAAUGACAUUUCUGCAAAUAACGUCAAGCACUUGAUAUGUGAUUAUUUGAAAGGAAGGUGUAAGCUUUGGUUAGCUGGCGACUUGCAUCUCUAUAUGCGUCAUUCAUUUGUUCCAUCUGAUGGUCCUGUUCAUGUGCAACAUUUACUUGUGAAUGGUUGUGGCGGGGCAUUUUUGCAUCCCACCCAUGCCUUCAGUAACUUUAGCAAAUUUUAUGGGACUAAAUAUGAAAGCAAGGCUGCUUAUCCUUCUUUUGAAGAUUCAAACAGGAUUGCAUUGGGGAAUAUUUUGAAGUUCCGAAAGAAGAACUGGCAGUUUGAUUUCAUUGGUGGCAUUAUAUACUUUGUGUUGGCUUUUUCUAUGUUUCCACAAUGCAAGCUUGAUCCAAUCUUUCAAGAUGAUUCAGUUUCUGGUCACUUGAGGAGUUUCUUUGGCACAGUUUGGAAUGCGUUUGUGUAUGUGCUGGGACACUCUUAUGUGUCCUUGACAGGUACUUUGCUGCUGCUAAUUGCAGCAAUUUCAUUUGUCCCAUCCAAAGCAUCUCGGAAGAAGCGGGUGAUAAUUGGAAUGCUACACGUUUCUGCACAUCUGACUGCAGCAAUAGUUUUGAUGUUGCUCUUGGAACUGGGUGUGGAGACGUGCAUUCGUCAUAACCUGCUAGCUACCUCUGGUUACCACACUUUAUACCAAUGGUACCAAUCAGUGGAAAAUGAGCACUUUCCGGAUCCUACUGGACUUCGAGCUCGGAUAGAACAAUGGACCUUUGGGCUUUAUCCAGCGUGUAUCAAGUAUCUUAUGUCUGCAUUUGACAUUCCAGAGGUCAUGGCCGUAACACGGAGCAAUAUUUGUAAGAAUGGGAUGGAGUCACUCUCUCGAGGAGGUGCUGUCAUAUAUUAUUCAUCUGUCUUCCUCUCUUUCUGGGUCUUCUCAACACCUGUGGUCUCAUUAGUGUUUGGAAGCUACUUAUACAUCUGCAUUAACUGGCUUAACAUACACUUUGAUGAAGCUUUCUCUUCUCUUCGAAUUGCUAAUUACAAGGCAUUCACUCGAUUUCAUAUCAAUCGUGAUGGAGAUCUUGAAGUUUACACUCUUGCAGUUGAUAAGGUUCCAAAGGAAUGGAAGCUGGAUCCUGAUUGGGAUGGAGAGCCAAAACAACAGCAAUUAAGCCACCUUAGAAAAUUUCCCAGCAAAUGGAGUGCAGCCACCCCACACCAGGACCCGAUAAAUACUGUUAGGAUUAUCGAUCAGUUUGUCAUUCAACAAACAGAAAAACCUGAUUUCACAGCAAGUAAUGGAUCAGUUAGCUAAACUUGUAACAUUAUUGUUCUUACCGCGAUUUAUAAAGCAAUGAAAGAAAGAAAAACAUUUUUCUUAAA